GCCACUCAUCACUGCGUGUCACGCAGCAAAUUCGUUUUGAGCUCUCUCCUUUUCGGCUUUUUCCUCUCUAAUGCCAAGCGAAGCAGCGGACGCCCUUCCUCGUUCCGGCCCGGCCGACGCCCUGUCCCCUCAGCUCAGGUCUUCCUCCAAUCCCACCCAACUCCGUUAACCAGAAAUCAGACGAGCCCCGCCUCCGCCGCCGCCGCGGCACACCAAACCCUACGCUAAUCAGCUCUUCUCCCCCGUGCUCCCCAACACCGACGAGGAGAGCGCGCGAUGCGUCCUGCCGGGAGUCUCCCGAGUCCCCAGCCGGGCACGCCGGGGCGGCCUCGCCGGCGCCCGGAUCUCACCCUCCCGAUGCCGCAGCGCCCAGACGUCUCUUCCUCUCUCGCCGUGCCCCUUCCCCUUCCUCCCCCGUCCUCCCUCGGGCUCGCUCAGCCACCGGCGGCAGCGGCAGCCGCAGCAGCGCCGCCCCCGCCCCCUCUCGGGGAGCUGGAGCGGGUCCGCCGCGUGGGGAGCGGCGCGGGCGGCACGGUGUGGAUGGUGCGGCACCGCCCCACGGGCCGCUGCUACGCGCUGAAGCAGCUCUACGGGAACCACGACGACGCCGUGCGGCGCCAGAUCGCGCGGGAGAUCGCCAUCCUCCGCACCGCCGAGCACCCGGCCGUCGUCCGCUGCCACGGCAUGUACGAGCGCGGCGGGGAGCUCCAGAUCCUGCUCGAGUACAUGGACGGCGGCUCCCUCGACGGCCGCCGCAUCGCCGCCGAGGGCUUCCUCGCCGACGUCGCCCGACAGGUGCUCUCCGGGAUCGCAUACCUCCACCGCCGCCACAUCGUGCACCGCGACAUCAAGCCCUCCAACCUCCUCAUCGACUCCGCGCGCCGGGUCAAGAUCGCCGACUUCGGCGUGGGGCGGAUCCUCAACCAGACCAUGGACCCUUGCAACUCCUCCGUCGGCACCAUCGCCUACAUGAGCCCCGAGCGGAUCAACACCGACCUCAACGACGGCGCCUACGACGGCUACGCCGGCGACAUAUGGAGCUUCGGCCUCAGCAUCCUCGAGUUCUACCUCGGCAGGUUCCCCUUCGGGGAGAAUCUCGGGAAGCAGGGGGACUGGGCCGCGCUCAUGGUCGCCAUCUGCUACAACGAUCCGCCGGAGCCGUCGGCCGCCGCGUCGCCCGAAUUCCGGGGAUUCAUCAGCUGCUGCCUGCAGAAGAACCCAGCCAAGCGGCUCUCUGCCGCGCAGCUGCUGCAGCACCCGUUCGUCGCCGGGCCACAGCCGCUGCCCCUCGCCGCCCCGCCGUCGUGACGAUCAUUCAUUUCGUAUGGAUCUCGAUCCAGUUCUGCACUCCCGGUCCCAGGAUCAAUCCAAUCCAAAUACAGCGUCAGGUCGAUCGUUGGAGUUGAGGUGGGGGGAAUCUUGGGAAAAUUUCUAAUCGAAACAUUUGGGGUGUUCUCGCCCAUCAUCGAUCCAUCAUCCGUUGUCCCUGCUUUUCUGCUCCAGUUAAGUUCUUUUUCCUCUCCUGUUUUUCGUGAUGCUUCUUACUUCCAAUUUAUGGUCAACCGUACGCCUAGUAGUUUCGAUUUACGAUCUUGUUUAGCCAAUGUUGCAAAGAAAUCAGCCCCCUUCACAAAUCUCAUCUGUACAUGUAGCAGAGCAAUUAUACAUGCCAAGGAAACCUUUUGUUAGCAGUAUAGAUUUAGUGUUUGUUUGAUAGAGCAGAGAAAUUGUGGUGGUGCUGGCAGCGUUCUGCUCCUUGCAAGUUGUAGCAGCUCAAUUGAUAGGUUUUAUUGGAUUCUAUGCUGAUUGGAUAGAGUGGAAUCUGGAAAUUUGGUUGUAAAGAAGAGGAGUAUUACUAUUGGUGAAAGUUGCCUCUGAACCUCCUCUGCCUUGUCUGUUUCUGGGUUCAGGUUUGCCUUAUGUUUGCCUGCUUUUGGCAAUCGACAUGUAUACUUCUAUAUGGUGGGUUAUUUCAGGUUUCAAAUUAACCCUUCAAACUUUGAAAGGAGAGACUGUCAGCCCAAGCAUAUCGCCAAAGAGGGUAUUCUGGCCAUCUAAUUGUUACACUAGCAUCCGCCUGAAAAAUGGAAUACUCGUCGCUGGCGGGGAUGGGAAGCUCUCUCCAUGGCCUCAGAACCACCUCACCUUUAGAGCCCUACCCAGGCAAUUAACGACAUGGUCUUAUGUGGACAGAGGAUACGUGCUUCUCAAAAUUUUGCCGAACAGCUGAUCAGCUAGGUAGCGAUUAAUAUCUGCCUUUACUAUGGCCUAUGGGUAUAGCGAUUUGAUUUCUGCGUACAAAAUCAAGACAGUGAUUUGCCUGUCCGAAAUCUGUUGGAGCAAAUAAUACAAAGAAUUAAACAAGAGAGAACUAACUGAGUUGCUAUAUUGAACAUAAACAGGCAGAAUAUAUUUUGACCUAAUAAUGAAAUUAUAGACCCUUGUUGUACAAUAUCAAGAGAAAUUACGGGCCCUCUGUUUCUUAAUAUCUGUACAUUUGGAGUUGUCAUAAAUCAAUUCUUCUUUGACCGAUUUGUAGAAAAUAUAUCAACAUAUGUAAAACCAAACAAAUGUGAUAUAAAAAUAUAUUUGCUAAUGGUUUUAGUGGUACUAAUUUUGUGUUUGUUUCUAAGAACUUUGUCAAAGUUGACAAGCUUCGACUUGAGACAAAACCAAAUGUAUAGAUAUUUCGAGACAGAUGGAGUAUCUAUUGGUGUGAGAUAAAUGUUUCCACCAACCACACCAUGCGUGCUGCUCCAUCUGUUCCUAAUUAGUUGGUGCCGGCCUUUUUGCAAAAAAAACCCUGUAAAUUUUCGAAAUAAACCUGCAGUCCACAUCUUCAAUUAAACGUGGAUUGUGCGUUAAUUCGAAAAUUUACAGGAGGGUUUUCGCGAAAGUUCUAAUAUAACGUGGAAUGCAUGUUUAUUUCCGAAAUUUACAUGGGUUUAUUUGCAAAAAAGCCGGCGCUAUUAGUGAUGGAGGGAGUAACAAUUUAUACCUCUUCUCGACGUUUCUUCACAGCUCAAGGUUUUAGUCAUAGCUUCUGCAGUUCUCUUCUACACCAACUAGUAUUAGCGAGAAAAUGCAAGAAAGAGAGAAGAUGGGAGUUUUUUUGGCAGCAAUAGAGAAGAGAGGGCUUAGGUUGAGGAUAGAAGACAUCGGGAAGGGAACACCUAGGAUGAAGCAACCAGGGUGUGCUCGGUAUUUUUUGCCCUCGCAAGAAAUCUGAAGUAAUUUCACGGGGCAGGUGAGAUGCAGGCCCGUUGGAUAGCUCGGGGGUGAAGGAUCGGUGGAUUGGGACCCGUAUGGAAGCGUUUCCGGGCGGCGCGGCCGCUGCGCCUUGGCAUGCGUGUUGCGCACCGGAGCGCGUCUUCCUUUUCCGUCAAGACUCAAGAAGCGGACAAGCCAGGGUUUCUUCAGGAACUGCGAGAUGUUAGGGAUCUCCAUGCUGGGGCUGUGACGGGGGAUUUCAACCAGCAUCCUCGGAGUUCUACCUUGUGGCAGGUUCACCUUCGGGAAGAAUUUCGGCAGGCCGGGGGACUGGGCGGCGCUCAUGGUAGCCAUCUGCUACUCCGAUCCGCCGGAGCCGUUGGCCGCCGCGUCAGCCCGAAUUCCGGGGAUUCAUCAGCUGCUGCCUGCAGAAGAACCCAGACAAGCAGCUCUCUUCCGCGCAGCUGCUGCAGCAGUAGCACCCGUUUAUCGCCGGGCCACAGCCGCAGCGGCCCGCUGUUGUGACGAUGACGAUCAUUCAUUUCGUAUGGAUCUCGAUCCAGUUCUGCAGUUCCGGUUACAGGAUCAAUCCAAUCAAAAUACAGCGUCAGGUCGAUUAUGUGGGGGGCAAUCUUAGGGAAAAAAAAUCCAAACAAUUCUGGGUGUUCUCGCCCAUCAUCGAUCCAUCAUCCAUUGUUACUGCUUUUUUGCUGGGGGACUUUUUUUCUCCAGUUAAGUUCCUUUUCCUCUACUUCCAGUUAUGAUCUUGUAAUAGGAAAAUCUAUGUGUUCAAAUGAUUUCGUACAAGACUCCUCACACACACACACACGAUAUAUACUCCCUCCGUUCCUAAAUAAUUGUCGUGCUAAGGGCCACUGUUGCAAAUUUCAUCUGUACAGGUAGCUUGUGGCAGAGCCAUUUCAUGCCAAGGAAACCUUUUGCUAGUACAUAUUUUUAGUGUUUGAUAGAGCAGACAAAUGGUGGUGGCAACAGCUUAAUUGAUCUUUUAUUGGAUUCUAU